AUGGGGACGUUUAGACGGAGCGAGCGUAAUCAUCUGUCUCCUCAGUCCCCACUAUUUUUAACACCAUUUCUUUACAACUAUCGUGGUUCUAUUGAACGAUUAAAUGAUUUGAACACACCCUUCCAUCGUAUUGUUACCGGUUAUUGGUGUCAAGGCGGAGACGUUACGAAUUUUAAUGGUAGCGGAAGAGCUUCUAUAUUUGAUCAAUCAUUCGUGAAUGAGAAUUUCAAUUUACGUCAUGCUGGCCCUGGCAUUUUAUCUAUGUGUAAUGACGAUGAAAAUAAAAACGAUUCCAAAUUUAAUCUUACUUUUAGACGAUUAGAGACAAUGGAUGGAAAAUAUGUAGUUUUUGGAAAGGUUAUUUCGGGUCUCUCAAAUAUUUACAAGAUUGAAGAAUUUGGGACAAAGACGGGAAAACCGAUUAAAACAAUAAUUGUAGCCAACUGUGGUAUUAUAUCAAAAAAACACAAGCGGUACCCACCGGAAAUAAUGAACGACGUAGAAAAAAAUACAUAAAACAAGGAAACGGAAAACUCUAUCGAUACGAACCACUUCGGCAAGGAUUUCGAUUAUAGCAAAUGGCUGACAUGCUCAUGAGUGGCUAAUUAUUUAGGUACUAUGAUCGAUCAUUGUGUCAAUACGUGAUAACUUAAAUAUAAGUGAUAAUUUAAAACAAUGAUAAAUAAAACACAUUACAUUAACCAUUUUUUUUAUUGUUUUAUUUGUUGGAAUGUCAGUCUGUUUGUGACUUAGCCUUCCAUUUUUAGUUGGUUUUUAAUAUUUACAAAUUCUGUUGGUGUCAAAUAUACAUAGCUCUGUAUAUAAUUGUAUCAAACAUAUUGUUUAUAAUAAUAAGGUACUUUAAAGGCCGCAUAUAUAAUAAAUGUUACUUAUGUGUGCACAUUAUCCUUGCAAAACAUAACCAUUGUGCAAUUAAAAUGUUUCACUAUUUCACCAUUUCACCAUAUGUACAAUAUAUGGUGUACAAAAUGCAGCUUUUUCAGAAUCGCCUAAUUAUCUCAAUUAUAUCGUGUAUCAGAUACAAAAACCUCUAGCGAUGUAUACAUUUUAAGAAUAUAAUUAUUAUUA